GGCGAUAAUUGAUUGGAUGUUGUGAGUGAUGAGUAAAUGGUGAGUGAUGACCACCCCUAUACAUGAAACUGUGUUUUUGGGAGGUUUUUGGUUUUUUCAUAUAUGCACAGUAGGGUUUAAGGUGAAGGAAGACAGGAAUAGGAUGAGCUUACUGGUUGCAGAAACUAUAUGGAGCGAAAUCCAAUCAACCCGUUCAGUGAGCGAUGAUCAGCUGGCCAUCUUGCAUAUAUUGUUUGGGAAAAACUUGGAGAGAGCUACGAGGAUAGUGGAUGAAGGUGGGGUCAAGAAGAUACUCGGACAACCUAGUGGACGCUCCAUCUUCCAGGUUGUUGGGGAGUCCAGAAGGAAGGAAGAAUACCUUUGUUUCCCACAACACUACUGUGCAUGCUAUUCUUUUUUCUACGACAUUGUUAACCGAGGAGAACAACUUUGUUGUAAACAUCAAUUGGCUGCCAGACUUGCUGUCUCACUUGGUACAUGUGUGGAUGUCAAAGUGUCUGAUGACCACCUAGCACAUCUACUUGCAAAACUCUAAACAAACAUAUGUGAUUUUGUAGACACAUGAAUGUUUAUGCAACUCAUUAGAUUAAUGUACAAGUUCACACAUUGGUUCCAUUUCUUAGUUGCCAUCAACAUGAUUUGAUUUGUAUCUUGCU